UUGUAUUUGAUGAAAAGCAAACGCAAAUAUCUUUUAUUUCAUUUAUUCGAUUAUUUACAACACACGCACCAUCAGCAGUCGGUCUAUAAAGGUUUAGUGUACUUAUGUAUUACAUCGUUCCAACUUCCAAGUAUAAUAUAACCUAAUCUAAAUACUUUACUUGCCAUAUAAAUACAGAACAGUGAUAUUCAUCUUUAACUCGUAAUUGUAGGAGUUUUUAUUUUCAUUAUACUUAAAACCAAUAGAGUGCAAUAAUUAAAAAUGCUGUAAACAUUACUUUUUUCAUUAACAUUUAAAAUGAAGUGCCAUAUUAUCUGCUUACUAUUUAUCAUUCUUUUAAUAUUUAUAAAAGAUUCAUAUACUAGCACAAUUUUUAAAAAACCGACGGCUUUAAUCGGAAUCUUAGCAAGAAACAAGGCUCAUGUGUUACCUUACAGUUUGAGUCUUUUAGAAAAUCUCAAUUAUCCUAAAAAUCGAUUAGCGUUAUGGAUUCAUAGUGAUAAUAACAUUGAUAACACUAUUGAAGUAUUAGAAACAUGGCUAAAUGAACAAAGCAACAAUUAUUUCUCUGUUAAUGUCACUUUGGAUAGAAAGAAUUAUGGGCAUGAAGAUGAGAAAAGCUUUGCUGAGUGGAGUCCAAAAAGAUUUGAACACAUAAUCAAACUAAGGGAAAAUAUACUCAACUAUGCAAGAAGAAUUUGGGCAGAUUAUGUAUUUAUGCUGGAUGUAGAUGUUUUCUUGACUAAUGUUGAAACAUUGGACUUAUUAAUUUCAAAAAAUAAAACUAUUGUUGCACCAUUGUUAAAAUCAGAUGGCCUAUACAGUAAUUUUUGGGCAGGAAUGUCAUCAGAUUUUUAUUACAAAAGAACUGAUGAUUAUGAACCAAUUUUAACAAGAGAAAAAAUUGGGUGUUUCUCUGUACCCAUGGUCCACAGUGCAGUAUUAAUAGAUCUUAAAAGAACUGUCAGUGACUCUUUGACAUAUGAUUCUGAAAAUUUAUCUUUGUACAAUGGACCAAGAGAUGACAUUAUCACAUUUGCACUUGGAGCAAAUAUCUCUGGAGUAAAAAUGCAUAUUUGCAAUGACGAACCAUAUGGUUUUAUUAUGGUACCUUUGGAUAAUCAAGAUACUAUUGAUCACGACUACCAGCAACUUUUGAACAUAAAACUUGAAAUGUUAGCUACUGAAGAUCAAGAAUCAAUAGUAAUAUCUAAUGUUUUAAAGAGAUUUAUUCAAUAUCCUAAAAAAGAUAAAUUAGGAUUUAGCAAUGUAUAUAUGAUCAACUUGGUAAGACGUCCUGAACGUCGUAGGAGAAUGUUAACAUGCUUCAAUGAACUCGGUAUAAGUGUCGAAAUUGUUGAUGCUGUCGAUGGAAGAACUUUAAAUGAAAGUUUAUUAAAUGCAUGGAAUAUAAAAAUGAUGCCAAGCUAUGAGGAUCCAUAUCAUAAAAGGCCAAUGACAAUGGGAGAAGUAGGAUGCUUUUUGAGUCAUUACAUCGUUUGGAACAGAAUUGUUGAAGAUGAGCAUAGCAAUGCAUUAGUCUUGGAAGAUGACGUUAGAUUUGAACCAUAUUUUAGGCAAAAAGUUCAAUAUAUUUUGCAAGAACUUGAGAAAUUUCAAAGUGAUUAUGACUUGGUAUACGUCGGUAGAAAACGAAUGCAAAAGGAUUCAGAAACUAGGGUGGAAGGUUCCAAAUAUUUAGUUUAUGCAGGCUAUAGCUAUUGGACAGUAGGUUACUUAUUGUCUGCAAAAGGUGCUAAGAAAUUAAUCGAUGCGAAACCAUUAGAAAAUUUAGUGCCCGUUGAUGAGUAUCUGCCCAUAAUGUAUAAUCAGCACCCAAGGGACGAUUGGAAAGGAUACUAUGAAAAUAGAAAUUUGAUAGCCCUAUCAGCCGAACCGCUCAUUAUAUUUCCGACUCACUAUACAGGCGAUAGUGGAUAUAUAAGUGACACGGAAAAUUCGGUUUUAAUAUCAACAGAUACGUCUGACUCAGUGCAUGAAAAAGAAGAGCUAUGAAUAUUAAAAUUAACGCAAUCAUGUAAUACCAUUGAAAUACCGACAGACUAUAAGCAAUUUUUUCCAUGAUAUUUUUGAUAAAGCUUUGAAUGUUAACCGAUCAAUUAUGCGAUAAUUUUUUAUCUCUAUGUAGAUUUUUAAAAUUGUGCCAUUGUUAAAAAGCCAAAGAAUGUGUGAAACGCUAUCAUCUAGUCUGUCAUGAGCUAAAAAGUCAGCUGAUUUUUCACGUAAAAUGUAUAUUUAUCAGUUUGUGUGAUUGCAAUGUGUUUUUAUAAAUUUGUACGAUACUAUGAUGAAAUAUAAAAAAUAAGUUUAACAAUAACUAUAAUGAAUACUUUCCAUAAACCCUCAUGUAAAUUGUAAAGAACUAUCAUAAAGAAUGCAUCGUGGCCGAAACCACGCUUUUUGGCUCGACCAUGGUAUUCAAAAAUUAUUUUGUCCUUUUGUAUUUAGUUUUUAUACGUGUAAGUAGUAAUAAUCAUGUUUACUGAUAUUUUACUGAUAAAUGAUGACUUCUCAGUAAGUCAAAGAAUCAGAUUUCAAUUAGCAUUGGUAAGAUUCUAGUCAAAUUAUCAUAUACUUAUUUUUAUAUACGUGUGCACAAACUUGUAAUUAAUCGUUAAAUAAAUAAGUGUAUCAUACAUUUCAUUAAUAAUUUUAGGGGAUUUUGUUCUAGUCGGUCAAAUCAAGUAUUGGCGCGCAUCCACUUACGUACACAUGCAAACGGGGCAAUGCGUAUAUAAAAAGAACGUAGGUGAGAAUGUUACCGUGUGUAGGUAGAUGUGACGCGACUCUGGCUCUGUCCAUAUGUAUAUAUAUUGCACGGGCGUAAA